GUUGAUAAUUAGUUUUUUCAGUUCAAAAAUGCUUAGCGAUUCAAAAUUAAUUACCCAAGGCUCAUUCGCACAGUGAGGUGAAGAAUGUCAAAUGAGUGAUUUGAAUGAUAUUAAUCUGCAGAAGACACAACUUGAUAGUUGCUAGUGUAAUCAGAGACAUCAGCCAAUCAGUUUCGAAUAUGGGAACUGUUCGUUUCCGGUCCUCAUCUUUCGACCCUAAACUCCUCAUUUCACAGAUCAUCAGCAUGCAGUGUCUAUACUACCUGUUUACAUGUACCCUGCUACUCUCGCUCUCCCUUGCGUUUCCACAACAUGGGAUCAGUCUGCAACACAUUCUGUCUUACAGAGCAGUCGGUUUGUCUUCCGUCUCGGAGAGAAUCAACUCUUGUCUCUUCGUCAUCAAUUCCCUUUUCAUGGCACUCUCAAUAUGGCUCUUAGUUGGUCGGAGUAAACUGUGCACGGACUUCAGCUUUACCCUACUGCUUUACCAUUGGAUAAUAUCCUCUCUCUAUCCCUCUUCCUGGGCUCACAUCCCAGCCACAUGGUCAUGGUACCUUCUGCACAUAGUCUGUGCUCUACUCACUACAGUACUAGCUGAAUACCUUUGCAUGAGGACAGAAAUGAGAGCAGUGCCAAUAGGCGGCGGAGGAACUUCCACUAGCAAUAUUACUCAAAAUUCAUCCACAGCGUCAACAGCUAUGCAAAACAGCGGCGACACUUCGUCUAUGACUGAAGGUGGCGGCGCAGAAAGCCAAGUAUAGUCAAUUUAAGAGUUCUGAAAGAAUGCGACUAUCAGUUGCAAGUCUGAGAGGAAUGAGAGGAAAUGAGCUCCAGUUUAGUUUAAUAAUGUAGUAUUUAUCAGAAGUGAGAAAAAUCAAAUCUAAAUAUUUCAUAGCUUUUU